AUGACGGAGCAGUUUGUCGACAAGAACGAGACGGGACCCGCAAGCACACAGAAUCUGCUGGCACAUCUUUCAAAUGAUGUGGAGUUGUAUCACAAACGUGUGCAACAGAAAAGACAAAUGAAAGAGCAGCUGGACAAAGGCGAAAAAAAGCCGAAGGUGGACGCGUCGGAGCCGGAGAAUGCCAUCAAAGAUGAACAUAUGCCGCAGGCGGAAACAGACGACAUACGCAAGGAGCAAGAAGGUCAGGAGGCAUCGAAGAUCGAUUUGAGCGCUUCGACCUUCAUCUCGCCGGGUUUCCCCGUGGUAAACGACUCGCAGACGCGAUCACGUGCCUGGACCAAGGCCGAAGACGAAGCUAUUGUAUACUACAAGGAGGAGAUGAAGUACUCGUGGAAAGAGAUUGAAAAAAUGUUAAACGGCAGACAUUCGUGGCAGGCGAUCCAGAUGCGGUACCUACGCAAUCACAAGUCGCGUAACGACUCCUGGUCGCGGUUUAUGGAGCUACGGCUUGUGAACGCGAUACGAAAGGACUGGGAAAAUAGAUGGAAGCGGAUUAGCAAGGACCUUGGGAACGAUCUAACGGUAGAGCGUUGCGUAAUGAAAAACAUAGAGCUGUGCAAAAAGAUGGACGACCCGAUUUUUGGCAAAAUGUUCUCGAACAAAGAGAUCACGCAAGGGUACGACAACCCGAACAACGAUAUCAAAGACGAGGAGAGCCAUCGGAAGUUGAUGCUGGUGUACAUGGGACUCGAUUCAAUUAGCUACGAGUCCGAUGAGGGAGAGCAGCCGGAGGGGGCGACUGAUGAGGGUGCAGAAUGA